CGCUCGACAGAAUUAUAAGGUCGGCUGAGUUUUCUCGCGUUUUUCACGAAAAUGGCUAGCAAUAUUAAGCCGAUGCACAAAAGCAAACAUUUUCCGAUAGAUCAGCUCGUGUGUGUUGGUAAUUAUGAGUUAGAGAAAACGAUCGGUACAGGGAAUUUCGCCGUUGUAAAACUGGCUACACAUGUUAUUACUAAGAGUAAGGUUGCAAUAAAAAUAAUAGACAAAUCAAGACUAGACGAAGACAAUUUAAAGAAAACUUUCAGAGAAAUAGCAAUUAUGAAGAGACUGAGGCAUCCACAUAUAGUCAGAUUAUAUCAGGUUAUGGAGAGCAGCCAUACAAUAUAUUUAGUGACAGAAUACGCACCCAAUGGUGAAAUAUUUGAUCACCUAGUCUCCAGGGGUCGAAUGCCCGAGACAGAGGCGGCGAGGUCCUUCGCACAAAUGGUAGCCGCUGUCGGGUACUGCCACGCGAACGGAGUGGUCCACAGAGAUCUAAAAGCCGAGAACCUGCUACUCGAUAGGGAUAUGAAUAUUAAGCUGGCAGACUUCGGGUUCAGUAACGAGUAUACUUCGGGAUCGCCGCUGGCCACGUGGUGCGGCAGUCCGCCGUACGCGGCGCCAGAACUCUUCGAGGGUCGACAGUAUGACGGGCCAAAGGCGGACAUCUGGUCGCUGGGCGUGGUGCUGUACGUGCUGGUGUGUGGCGCUUUGCCAUUCGACGGCGGCACACUGCACGAGCUCAGGCAGGUCGUGCUCAGCGGCAAGUUCAGGAUACCUUACUUCAUGUCACAAGAUUGCGAGCACUUGAUCCGUCACAUGCUGGUAGUAGACCCUGAGAAGCGGCUGUCGCUGCGCAGCGUGGCUAAGCACCGCUGGCUGGCGGGCCGGCCUCCAGGAGACUACGACAUCUCGCAGGGCGAGUGCGCGUGUCACGGGGCGGCGGCGGCGAGGGGGGCGGGGGCGGAGGGGGCAGUGGGGGGCGCGGGGGUGGAGGGGGGAGGGGGGCCACACGACACCGUGCUGGCCCACAUGCUGGCGCUGCCCGGCCUCACAGACCACCACAUACACCAGAGCGUGCAGGAGGAGCGUUUCGAUCACAUCUCGGCCAUCUACCACCUGCUGAUGGACAAGCUGCAGCAACGCUCCAGCGCCAGGAACAGUCUGCAGCACAGAGAUUCCUUGGACUCCACAACAGGCCAGCCAUUAGAUCUCACUAGUUGUAAGAACACAGAGGACGAACAAAUGGAUGCAGAGGAGGCUUCAUCCCAAGAGUGCCUGGUCUCCAUCCCCUGCGCCACAGACUACCUCGCCGACGCGGCUGAUAGUCUCGAGAAGUUCGACGAGGGAGGCGCGGCGGCAGCGGAGCCCCGCGCGGGGCCCGCCACCGCGGCCGCGGCGGCGCCCGGGGACUCCCACGCCGCCCGCAGGCACACCGUCGGCCCGGGGGACUGCCGCCACGCGCAGGCGGGCGGAGAUCUGGGCGCUGCGGCCGACCUCCGCGCGGCCCCCCUCUACGUCUCCGCGCACUUCAACCAGCAGGCAGGCGCGCCGGUGUCCCUGCUGCCGCACACCAACCUGGCGGCCAAGCUGCCGGCCGUGCAGCACCAGCCGCCGCGGUACUUCAGCGUCAAGGACCAGCACCUGCUCAAGCCGCCGCACGCCAUGCAGACCCAUGCGUCGUCGCUGGGCCGCCGCGCGUCGGACGGCGGCGCGCACGUGGCCCGCGGCCGCGACCGCGCCUGCUGCCACUCCGCGCCGCCGCACCACGUGUCAGACAGUGGUGCGGGCCGGCCGGCGGCGGAGGCCGAGGAGCAGGCCGCAGACGCCGCCUACGACUCCACGCUCUGCAGAUACAUGCUGAACCGCGGCAGCAGCAAGCGACAUACGAUGGCCACGCCCGAGGACGCCGCCAAUGUCGCCACCUCCUGUGCUGGCUCUAUGCCGAGCACGUCGCCGUCGUCGAGCAGCAGCCUGCGCGUGCGCAGGACCGGCCUCCUCACGGUCACCGAGCGGCCGCCAGUUAUAAGUCCGGAGUUAGUAAUGGAGGUCGAGGCCCGAAUGAAGAGGAAUUACCUGCCUCCCUCCAUACAAGGUCAAUACCAAGGUCCACCCACCCCGACGGGGGCGCAAAGCGUGCCCCCGAGCCCCACACAGGGGUCCAUAACAGCCGGGACCCCAAAUUAUCAAAAUCAAAACCAGAUCAGUCUAAAGCCGGUUUUAGAAACGAUACCACAAGGCAAUAUAAUGGGAGGUACCCCAAUCGCUAGUCAAACGCUAUUAGGACAGUAUUCAAGUCCCGGUGCGCAAAGUAUGGCCCCCGGUGCCAUUAUGAGUGGCACUUUGACCCAAAACCCAGGAUCAAUAAUGACGGGGACCCCGAUGGGUCAACAAACCCCAGGACCAAUGACAGUCCAGAUGAAUCCCCCACAUCAAUCAUCAAUUAUCCCUGGAAUGCCGAUGAGCCAACCACAAGGUUCAAUUUUAUCUGGUACCCCAAAUCAAGGAUCGAUUAUGUCUGGCACACCGAUGAACACUCCAACUCAAGGGUCUAUUAUGUCAGGGAUCCCUAUAAGCAACCAAACACAAGGCUCUAUAGUAUCAGGAAUACCAAUAAGUGGUCAAAAUCAAGGACAAAUAAUGUCUGGUACCCCAAUGGCUGCACAAAAUCAAGGAUCCAUAAUGUCUGGUACCCCCAUGAAUCCAAAUACUAAUUUUGGUGCCAGCACCAGCUUUGGAACUAUUACCCCAGCAAUCAAUGUAGGAGCCAACACUAGUUUUGGGACCGCGCCUAAUUUUGGUUCGAUAACCACCGGUACCCCAAUGAAUACAUAUCAAGGCCAAGGAUCUAUAACGAGUGGUACCCCGGUUGCCAGCGGACCCUCGUUCCAGACGCCCAGCACCAGUUAUAACCAAAGUCAGUACACUCGGCAGCGGAAGUAUUCCGGACCUCAGAGAGUCAAACUACAAAUGCUAGCGACUGUACAGGAAAUGGCGCGCGAGCAUGCCGAGCGGUACUCUCCCGUCCGACGAGCAGAGAGCUCUCCACCACGCGCGCUGCACGACCUGGCCUCCGCGCGGCUCGAGUACCAGCAGCUGCAGCGAGGCCUGGAGCGACGGAGUGGAGGUGGAGGAAGUGGGGGCGCUGCGGGGGCCUCCCCGCCGCUGGACUCGCGGCUGCACACGCCCGUCGGCAGCAUGCCGGGUCAGUACACCCCCACAGUGCCCCACACACCCCCGUGUACUGACUCGCGGCUGCACACGCCCGUCGGCAGCAUGCCGGGUCAGUACACCCCCACAGUGCCCCACACACCCCCGUGUACUGACUCGCGGCUGCACACGCCCGUCGGCAGCAUGCCGGCAUACCGGGUCAGUACACCCCCACAGUGCCCCACACACCCCCGUGUACUGACUCGCGGCCACACACCAUGCCGGGUCAGUACACCCCCACAGUGCCCCACACACCCCCGUGUACUGACUCGCGGCUGCACACCCCCGUGUACUGACUCGCGGCUGCACACGCCCGUCAGCAGCAUGCCGGGUCAGUACACCCCCACAGUGCCCCACACACCCCCGUGUACUGACUCGCGGCUGCACACGCCCGUCGGCAGCAUGCCGGGGUCGCCGGCGCACGUGUGCGGCGGUGGCGGCGGGGGUGGCGGGGGUGGUCCGCCACCUCUGGAGCUGUCGGCGCUGUCUGCGGAGGCGGCGCGCGCGCUGCUGGCCUGCUGCCCCGACAGAGAACUGCUGCGAGCCGGCCUCCUCACGCAGGAAACGGCGCUGAAGCUGGGCAUAAACCUUCACACGCUGUACUUGCCGCACGUGAACAUCUCGCAGGAGAUCCUGAAGGCGUUGUCGUUCGGCGGCUACGCGUUACUGUCCGGCCAUACGUCGCCGGCCAGUCCGGGCUCGCCGCUCCACCAGAUCACCGAAGGCCUAAGCUACCUCCACACGGGGUCCAUCACUAGAGGCACCCCCCAACCUAGCGCGACACCCCUAGACCUUCGCAGCAACGUCGAAAUGGACACAGGUCAGGCCUACCCUCAAUUACAUCCUAUGGUACAUCCUCAGAUCCACAUGGUCACGCACAGAUCUCUGAACAACUCCCCCAUUUCAAACCCAGGGUCUCCUCUAGACAUGAUUCAGGAGGAAAUAGGCAAUGGAAGUAUUGACGUUAGAAAUUUCCAGGACACCAGGAACGUACAGUUCCAGAAUUAUGUGUCCACUCAUCCGCAAAUAAGUCUGACGGAUUGCUUAGGGUCGGAGAUCACGUUAGUCGCUUCUUCGUCGGAAGACAGCAUGGAUAGUCUAGAAAAUAAUAUGAAAUAUUCCUUACCUCAGUUCGUCAUAUCUGAACCUUCAGAUCUGGACGAUCGGCCGUCGAUCACUAAAGGUAUCGGCAGGAAAGUGAGCCAAGAGACGGAACCGCCACCCCCUAUCGAAGUACCCAAAGAUAUUGAGUCAGAAAAGGACACGGAAAUGCAGUCUCCCAAAGAGGAUGAAGGCACCAGGUUCUUGACUGAAGAGCUUAAGUACCCGAGACGGGGGAGCGACAAGUCGCUCGGAUUCAGUGACGAUUCUUUGAGUAACGACUCGGCUAAUGCGUCGCCCAACUGCGAGCACAACGUCCAGUCGAUAUACUCCAACAUCGUCUCGAUCAGUUCGGGUUUUAGCGAAAAUCGAGGCAGUUUUUCAGAACAUCGAGAAUCGUUCUCCUUUUCAGAUCGGGGCAGUUUUUCAGAGAGAGGCGAAUACGGAAGGUCGUCAUUUUCGGAGCGGAGCGAUUUCGGCCGCGGAAGUUUCUCGGAGAAAGGCGAAACUCCUAGGUCUUCAUUCUCCGCUCAGGGGACUCUAGGCGAAGUUAGAGAAUACUACGAAGAUGUAUAUAUGCCUAGAGACAGCAGCAGGCAUUGUUUAGAAAAAUGCGACGAGGAAGGCCAGGAGAACGAAGACAUUGACAAACUGCAGCGUUCCACUAUGGAUCUGCGUUUGACUGAUGUUUGUAGACCCGAAGAGCAGAAAAUCCCCAUUCUGCUCAGUCCACAGAAGGUUUCCUGCAUGCAGGAGUAUUACGAAGUCAGUUUGUCGACGGUCUGCUCGAAGUUGGACUCGCAGAGAAUUGUAGAAUUGUUAAAAGACGCGAUCAAUACAAGGGUCCCGCCACAGAAUAUAUUCGUAGAAACGAACGACCAAAAAGACAGCGACGACACAGAGGCGUUAACGGGAUUCCUAAAUCUGGAAUAUUCCGGCGGAAUCCAGAUCGAGUUGGUGGUUUGUGAGAACAAGUUGAAAGAGAAGAAAGGUCUCAAAAUGAGGCGGAUAUCGGGAGAUCAGAGGGAGUACGGCAAACUCUGUCAACAGCUGAUAACGAGUUUGACAGUGUAAGUUGACAUUGACUCUUUCAUACCAAAACAUGUACUGGUUCUAGAUAUUUCGUAAGUCGUGAUAUAAUAUAUCCAAAGGGUUAUUAAACAUUUUUCACAUUGAAAAAUGUUGUAACUCGCCGUUUGCUACGUCUACGACCAGGUUCUUAUACUGGACGGCUGUCAAGAUUGAAUGUCAAAGUACUCGUACAGUCACUGACAUUUUGACAUUCCCAUUUUGACAGCUGUCACAGUAACGUCAAUUGAAUACCAAAAAACUAACGUCAAUAUAGUAUUCCUAUGAUUCCUGAUUUCAUUACAAAAUUGUAUAUUUGACACGUAGUAAGUUAGGAUUCGACUAAAGUUGCCAUCUGGGGU